UAUAUACAGUACUAAUAGUGACACCUUGAGCUCGGCCUCGUAGCAAAUGGGGAAGCAGCGCUGAUCUUCCGCCGCAGGUGUUCUAUGCUGACAGGAUCCCAUUCAUGAAAGCAGCACGUUGUAAUACACAAUCCAAUGCAAAUUUAGGAAUAAGGGUCCUCGAAAGCCACGGGACUUACUUCCAAGUCAGCGCGCAAGGGACUGCAGUAGGCUACCGGCGAACUUGGCGGUGGGGGUGGUUGCCGGGGCGCAUGGAAAAUCCACCUGCCUGCCUGCCUCUUUGCCUGAAGGAGCCCGAGUGGCAGCGCCGCCUCUCCCUGCCUGCGUCGCGACUCGGGAGGGAGGGCUCGGAGGGAGCGUUGCUUCCUGAGGAGGCGAUAAACCGAGGGGAGAGAGCGAGGGAGCUUCUGAGGGCUCCCGCGGCAAUUUUGCACAGAAAGUGAAAUUAUUUCAUUCAGAGGAUAUCCCAGCGAGGAAUAUGAAGUGGUGACAGAUGAUGGGUAUAUCCUGAGUAUUAACAGACUCCUGAUGGGAGAAAGAAGUGGAACAUGGCUAUGAUGAAAUGGCUAAAUAUGACCUUUCAGCUUCAAUAAAUUUUAUCCUGAAAGAAACUGGACAGGAACAUAUUAUGCUGGUCAUUCCCAGGGCACUACAAUGGGGUGUGAAGACUGGGAAGUUCAAAGCCUUUGACUUGGGAUAGCAAGGAAGAAAAUCUGGCUCGCUACAACCAGGAUCUUAUAUAUUUCAUCAUUCACCACCAGAGACCAUUUCACUUUUGACGUGCCCGAAGAUUCGCCGACUGCACACAUCGACUCUGCAGGAGGCUGACGUACUAGGAAAGGAGCUAAUGAAACUAAAAGCGUCAACACCACCUUUCUGCACUGUAAAACAGAUGACUGUUCCAACAGCUUUCUGGAGUGGUGGUCGUGACUGGCUUGCAGACCCAAAGGACAUUGCUCUGCUGCUACCUCAGGUCCCAAGCUUAGUUUACCACAAGUAUAUUCCUGAAUGGGAACACCUGGAUUUCAUUUGGGGCCUUGAUGCCACACAUCACAUGCACAUAGAGAUAAUUGAGUUAAUGCAGAAGUAUCAUUGAGUCUGUGUCAUCUCUGGAGCUCGGAUCCUGAAAAAUUCCUUCAAGAAACCAGCACUCUCAGUCUAUGGCAAAGACGAUGACAACUACACACAGGUCCUGCUUUCCAAACACAAUGCAUUCCCAGGAAAUCAUUUGUUAGGCGAGCAUUUGCAUAAUGAACUGAUGAUUUCCUAUGGAAGCAUUUCUAAUCCAUGCUUUCUGCCCCAGACUACUUCAGCUAAUCAGCAAAAGCCAAACACAGGAAAAACUGACUUGUCCGAUCACUGUCCCUCCCUCCUUACUUUCUUCCUGAAAUGGCUGCUACCAAACCUGCAAAACACAAACAGGUAAAGAAUUGGGAAACUCCAGUUGUUUGGAUAUCUGAAUCAGCCAUUUGUGUAGCAAGGUUUGGGUAUUAUUCUUUGUGUUUGGCUAAUUGAGAUUUCAGAUAAUGACCAUUCCAAUAGUGGGUAUUUAAAAACAACAACACCAUCACUAUGGAAGGAAGUCCCUGCCAUCUUAAAUACAUAAAAUAUUCUAAGUUGUCUAUGUGUGGUUUAGUAAUCCCUCAGACACUUACGUUUUUACAUUGCUCUUAGGUAUUUAGAUUCAUACAUCUUAGAUGGAAGUAUUGAGAUGGUAUUCUCAUCACAGUAGUCCUGAGGAAAUGAAAUGCUUUCCACGAAACUUUUAUAGUAGUAAUGUUGGGAUCGCCUGGACUGAACCUUCUGAAGAAUUCCAACUAGAACCAGUUGGACACAGCAUAGUGCACGCAGGUCUCCAGCAAGCUUGGGUCGCAAAGCGUCGGCUAGACAGGAUGAAACAGGAACCAAUACACUGCCACUAGUAACUGGAAUAACUAUAUGACAUUAUUAUAUACAAUAGUCUCACACAUACAAGGUUAUACAGACACGGAUCUUAGGAAAACAAACACUUUCCCUCUCACUAACUCUCUCUACACACCAACCUCCUCUCAUCCACUAACAACAACCUACCCAGAAGGUAAUGAGUUUCCUGCCUUAAUGGGAACAUUGACCAAUUACCGGCCUGUUGCCAGGGACCCAUAUCUCCAGGCAGAUUAGGGAGAGUUCUUUAGCUCAUUCUUCUUAUCUGCCGGCCAACUCUUAAUUGUUCAGUUGUGUAGCUGUGAAAUGGCACAUAGACAAAAAUCCCAACAAAUAUAUAUCUGAAAGUAAAUCUGAUACCCCCAAAUUCUGUUACGGAGAAUGGGAUGGAGACAAGUUCUUAUUAAUCUGAAAGCUAUUUUUAGGAAGCUUUUUAAAAACAAGAUAUGUGGUAGUCAACUUAAGUUUUACUCAAAGUAGUCCCAUUGACAAUAAUGAACACAACCAUAUUGGGGGCCACCCCACUUCCCAUAACAGAGUUAGCAAGACCAGUUUUUCAUGGUGCUCCAAAGCAGUAAACCUGAAUCUUGAAAGCAACAUGGUUUGUCACAUUUAUUUAAAGACUAGCACCUUGGGACUAAGCAGAAUUCACUUGGAAAUGAUUUUUUGAAUCUUGCAUUUACGUAAGUCCCUAGCUGCUGGAAUGCAUGUUUUGAGGGUGCUGUCCUUGGUAGACCAUAGCUCAGUGGUAGAGCACCUGCAUCACACCCAGGGGGCUUCAUGUUCUACCUGUAGCAGUUCCAGGUAGGCUUAGGAAAGAGCCCUUUCUGAAACCCUGAAUAACUGCUGCAAGUCAGUAUAGGCCAGCAGUGGGGAAGUGAAUCAGGUCAACAGGCUGGAGCCUUAUCUCACACAGCUGUCGCUCUCCUGGUGUCACAAUGAUGUCAGGUGAUCCAUUGUUGCCUGUGUGUCAGUGUGUGGCACUAUGUCAGGGGUCAUCAAACUUUUUCAGUCCACUGUCCCUAAGACCUUGUGAGGGGCCGGACUAUAUUUCGGAAAAAAAGUGAUGCGAGAGCACCACAAACCCUGGAGGCUGCUUACCUGUGUCUUGUGAGUGGAAGGGGCUGGCGGCGGCAGAGGGAUGAUGAGCGGUGUGUGAAAGGGCUCCAGAGAGCGGCUGCUUAAAUUGUGUGAGGGAGAAGGAAAGAACACACACACAGGUGAUCCACGCGAUGAUUCCCGGACUGUCCGCAGGCUGGAUCCAGAAGGCAAUUGGGCCUGAUCAGGCCUGUAGGCCUUAGUUUGCUGACCCAUGCACUAUGCAAUCCCUGACAACCAGCUGACUGUGAGGGCUUCCAAAGAGCUGUGGGCAUUCUUAUUGACUGGCUGCAACUACCUUUGGUCUAGUCCUGUCUUUACCUUCCCCACACUUGAGGCAUAUGGCAGACUUUGCCAAUCCGGCCCCACAGGUCAGAUAGGGAGAAUUAGUAGGUCUUAUUAGGCAUGAAGGCUGGAGACUCCCCACUACUGAUGUAGACAGUAUGGAGCGAGGUGGACUAAUGUGCUGACUCUUACAAUCCAAAUCUCAGUGAGAAUUCCCUAAGUGCUAGCUUGAUAUAUCUGACCUUGUCCACAUCUUGAGGCUUUUACUAUAUUAGAGGAGUGGUCUCUAAUUUGAGAUGGUGUGAACAGUUUUCUUUCAAAUGUUUUUCAGAACUAACUUAUGAGAAACAGCUUUUUGUAACUUCACAAAUCCAUACAUGUUUACUUUGCAAAUAGUUCUCUAUUCUUUUAAGGCAUACCUGUUUUUUCCCCUGCAUCGAUAAACUGAGGUGUAGUGUAUAGACCAGCUGACUGCCAAAGAUGCUCUAUCAAUUGUAUUGUACCUAUGCUCUGAUUUUCUCAUUUUUUACAACUACCGCACUGAAAUGAAAUUGACAGCUGGAAAUGGAGAACAUGCAAGUUAGAAUGUUUCAUAAUGCAUGAUUAAAAUAGCACUUUGAAACCAUUUUAUUCUGGGGUAUUUUUGUUUCUAAAAAUCAUUCUAACCACUUACCCUAAAUGUACCCUAAAUCUAACCACUUACCCUUGAAUCUAUGUGCCCUUUUGUAUUACCAUGGAAAGCCAUCUUCUGUCCAGGUGAAUAUGACAUACCUUAUCAAAGACUCCUAAGUAAGCCUAGCAGCCAUAGAAUACGAGUUAAGGUCCUCUUGUGGAUUGGUAACCAUUAAGAAAUGGGAAGUAGACAGUAGGGAUAACUGAACACAUGUUUUGGAGUGCCAUGUCAGAAAAAGCACUUUUUGUAGGGGGAGAGGGAGCCACAGUGCAAAAUUGCACGAGUAAUGGCAACCCAAACAGCCACCAUGCUCUUGCGAUUAAAAAUACAGGAAGAUGGUAUCUAAGAGGAUGGCAUCAUGGAUUUUGGCUUCAAAGUGUUGGAAGGUGUGCUGGUGCAGGUGUGAUGCAGGCCUUGCUGUUGCCCUCUACAAGGACCCUUGCAUGUGUGUAAAGAGUUGGGGGUCACAUACAAGAACUAUUGCCUGCAUGUACUACAAAUCCUCACGUCCAGCUCCUCCUUGCCCUGGGAUCAAGCAAGAAUGAUAGAUGCACUUUAUUUUUCCUUACAUGGGGAUAUUGAUAGGGUUAUAUUUCUCCUGAACCUCUCCUCCAAAUUCUACCCUUCUUCUGGAAGAGCUUCUUUUUGCUUCCUGGGUCUCAGUCUCACAGGUCUUCGGGUUGUGCCCUGCUGCUGGCCUUCUCCACUACUCACUGAGAAAGCCCGCUUGCAUGGGGAAUGGUUAGAAAGCAUUUUAUCUUCUCUUUCAUUAGGGACCUAUUUGAAGUCCCCACCCAGGAAGACCACUCCUUCCUGAGCUGAAAAUAGUUAUCUAAAGACUCUAAGCCAUUUGUGCUUAUGUUACCUUUCAUGCCUAGCAAUGUGAUACCCUGAAGCAUAAUUGCAACCAGGGAAAAUUCUUUUAUAUGUCUAGCCAUGUGGGAUGUGCAAGUGUACCUCAAUCCUCUCUUCACAGUCGUACCUUGGUUGACGAAUGCCUUGUAACUCAAACGUUUUGGCUCCCGAACACUGCAAACCCGGAAGUGAGUGUUCCUGGUUUGCUAACAUUCUUUGGAACCUGAACAUCUGACGCCACUUCUGUGGCUUUGGAUUGAGUGCAGGAAGCUCCUGCAGCCAAUCAAAAGCUGUGCCUUGGUUUUUGAAUGUUUUCAGAAGUUGAAUGGACUUCCGGAACGUAUUCUGUUCAUCAACCAAGGUACGACUGUAGUUGCAAAAGAGGAUUUUUGCAUGAAAGAGAGAGAUAUGCAUUUCUGUCAUUUAGACUGAGUCACUGCUUGAUUUUUAAAAAAAAUGAGAGAGAAACCAGGGCUGUGUGCAACCUACCAUUGGACAGAACUGAGUUGCCCAAUGUCUUUGUUUGUGUUGUAGGCAGGGUGGUAGGACAGCCUGAUGGCAUUGCAUUUGUGAAAUCUGAGCAAAGGAUGAUCCGAAAAGUGAGGCACCAAGGCCAUCCAAUUAAGGAAGGGCAGAUGAAAUGAGCUUACUACUUCCAGUGCUAUUAUAAGAUUUAAAGAGGGAGUAACGCUGAGCAGAUAAUUCUUUUAGCUUAACUGAUACUUUAAUGAAGUUUAACAAGCACUGCAACCUAAGACUGGCCUACAUAGUUGGUCUAUUCACAUGAUACCAAAUGAAUGAAAGUAAUUGUUUAUUAUUUUAAGGCUGCUGUUCUGAUUCCUCAUACCUGUAAGUGAAAGGAAACACUGAAUUGAUGAUAUGUUAGUUCUUAAAAAAUACCUUGCAUCCAGAAGAUACUCAUUCCAGACAUGUGAAAUUGCUGGCCUGCUCUGUGCCCCAAGUUUAUAGUAGGUGAUAUGCAGAAGGGGCCAGUGAGUCAGCACAUGAGGGGCAUCAUUGCUCUCCUGGCUUCCCAACAUGGGUCAUUGCUGCUUAUUUGGAGGGACAGGGGAGGUGCAAGGUUGGGGGAGCUUCUCCUAGUGAGACUGUACUGGGCCAAAGUGCCAGUGUCGAAGCAAUGAUUCUUCAACAUCAACUUCGAUGGACUGGUCAUGUUGUGUGGAUGCCUGAUUAUUGUCUUCCAAAGCAACUACUCUCUUCCCAAUUUAAGAAUUGUAAGCAUAAUGCUGGUGGUCAACAAAAGGGGUUCAAAGACUCUCUCAAGGCAUAAUAUAAAAAAUGUUUUAGAAACACCGACAACUGGGAAACACUGGCCUGCAAGCGCUCCAAUUGGAGAACAGCCUUUACCAAAGGUGUCAUGGGUUUUGAAGACGCUCGAACUCAGGAUGAAAAGGAGAGAUGUGCUAAGAGGAAGGCACGUUUGGCAAACCCACACCAUGAUCAACUCCUGCCCGGAAACCAAUAUCCCUACUGUGAAAGGGUGGAUCCAGAAUUGGCCUCCACAGUUACUUACUGUGUUUAUGUUAAAACCGUGUUUAUGUAAGACAAUCUUACUCGGCUACAAGUGAUCACCAAAGAAGAAGAAAGGAGCAGAGUAGUGGUCAACAUACUGUGGUUCUUCACAUCCUACAGCCCCUUUCUAUUUGUGAUGACUCUUGGCACAAAUUAUUUGUGAAUAGAUUAUUACUAAUCUUAAUCAUAUGAAAAUAUUUUAAAAAGAAAAGGGAACCUUUUGUUCCUUAAAUUCCUGCUUUAUUCAGAAAAUAUUUAUAUGUGUAUCACUGCCAAAACACAACACUCAAACUAAGACAGAUGCACUCCUUUGUUUUUUAAAUGAAACACAAUAGGAAGUGCAAUCCAAACCCCAGUUCCCUGGGAAUUAGAGCAACUGAAUUCAGUGGGACGUCUAGUCAUCUAGUCAUCACAUAAAUAGUUCUAGAUGCUUUUCUUCCUUUCACAAUAUUUUUUGCAAGUAACUUUUUAUAAAUACCCCUUUCGGGUAGGAGUGAGGCAGUGCUUCGUCAUAGUAGUUGCUGUAUUGAUUACAUUCAUGCAGAGAACCGAUGGAUUGCAGUUCAUUCAUUCAGGAAGCAGAUUUGUCUGAGUGAUUGGGUGAUGACCACCUCUCUGUGUUUUUUUUUGCAGUUACCAUGCGAUCAGUUUUCUCAGAAAAUGUCACAAUGCAGAAUGUCCAUUGUGGAGGUUAACCAAACAGGAAUAUUCAAAGUGUCCCUUUUCAUCUUGCUUUACUGGCCAAGGGAGCCAGCGUUUGUCCGCAGCUUCCGGGUCAUGUGGCCAGCAUGACUAAGCCGCUUCUGGUGAACCAGAGCAGCACACGGAAACGCUGUUUACCUUCCCGCCGGUGCGGUACCUAUUUAUCUACUUGCACUUGAUGUGCUUUAGAACUGCUAGGUUGGCAGGAGCUGGGACCGAACAACAGAAGCUCACCCCACUAACCUUCGGAUCAGCAAGCCCUAGGCUCUGUGAUUUAGACCACAGCGUCACCUGCGUCCCCCCAACAAUGUGCCUAGGUGAGUGCAAAAGGGUUCAGUUGCACUGGUCACCGAGCUUCUGGGGUACUGCAACAACAACAUCCAAUGGAAGGCAAGAGACGGCGUGUAUGUGUGCUGGGUUUUGGCAUUGCACAGGGCAGCACUGAAAUUUGAGAUGCCAAGGUCUCCCACUGCAGCUGCUGACUGAUUGAUGCUUGGUACUCUCAGCUGCUAUGCUAAACUAGUUUUUACACCUUGAUUAGCCUAUUUUUUUAUAAAAAAAAUUAAGCUUGCAGUCCUAUCUAUGCUUGCUUGCAUAGGAGACUACUCCUAGAGGGCCAAGGUCCCUUUGUCCCCCUAUAAAAUAUUUGAGGGGGCUGGGCCCCUCCAAAGUUGAUGGCCAUAGCCAUUCAAAUGAUGUGCAUGUGUUGCAUCUUGCAAUCAAUUAUGUGGGCCGGGGCUUACAUGGGCCCCCCAAUAUAUUUUUCCCCAGGUUGGCACCCCUGCUUGCCGCAUGGAAUUCAGCGGUUGCAUAGGCUUAUAAUGGGAGUUGGGCAAGUUGCCAACCCAACCCAACCAUAUCAUUACAUUGGAUCCCCCUUCCCUCCUGGUAGGUGUUGAGAAACGAGGGCAAGCUAUUUAAGCAUUGUUAUCUGCCAUUUCCUUCUGUGGAAUAUGAAGUGGCUUUCAGUGAUGCUGAUGGCUGCUUGGAUCUAGUUUUGUGGAAGAGUAGUCUUGUACAGCUGUGCCGAAAGAUGGAUAUGCUUCCAUGCAGAUCAAGGAUGUGGCUCUUCAUAAUGGGGGCAGCCUUGGUCCAAGCCCUUCUUACAUCAGGAAUAUUUUUGAAAAGAAGAAAACUAAAUCCAGAAGCUACUAUGAAUAUUAGCGAAAUUAUUUCUUUCAGAGGAUAUCCCAGUGAGGAAUAUGAAGUGGUGACAUAUGAUGGUUAUAUUCUGAGUAUUAACAGAAUUCCUCAUGGGAAAAGAAAUCAGUCAAAUGAGGAUCCGAAGCCCGUAGUGUUUUUGCAACAUGGCUUGUUUUGCUCUGGCAGUAACUGGGUAGCAAAUCUGGACAACAACAGCCUGGGCUUCAUACUGGCUGAUGCUGGCUAUGAUGUUUGGCUAGGAAACAGUAGAGGGAACACCUGGUCCAUCAAGCACAUCAACUAUACUGUGGAGCAAGAAGAAUUCUGGCUAUUCAGUUAUGAUGAAAUGGCUAAAUACGACCUUCCAGCUACUAUAAAUUUUAUCCUGAGCAAAACCAGACAGGAGAAAAUAUUUUAUGUUGGUCAUUCCCAGGGCACCACAAUGGCAUUCCUUGCAUUUUCAACCAUGCCGCAACUCGCCCAGAAGAUAAAAAUGUUCUUUGGAUUGGCACCGCUAAUCACCGUGAAUUAUUUUACCAACCCAGUAGCAACUAAGUUGCUACAGCUUCCUGACCACACGCUCAAAGAAAUGUUGGGAACUAAGCAGCUGUUGCCUCAAGGCAAAAUUUCUAAAUGGUUUGCUACUCAUGUGUGUAACCGUUUCUUAAUUGAUUAUCUCUGUAGCAGUGUUGUCUGCCUAUCAACUGGCUUUAAUAUGAAAAAUCUAAAUAUGAGUCGAAGCGAUGUAUACAUAUCUCACUGGCCAGCUGGGGCAUCGGCUCAAAACAUGCUUCACUGGAGUCAGGGUGUGAAGACUGGGAAGUUCAAAGGCUUUGACUGGGGAAGCAAGGAAGAAAACAUGGCUCACCACAAUCAGGAAACAGCACCUUCCUAUGAAAUUAAACAAAUGACUGUUCCAACAGCUCUCUGGAGUGGUGGAAACGACUGGCUUUCAACCCCAAAGGAUGUUGCCUGGUUGGUGCCUCAGGUCUCAAACUUAGUUUACCACAAGUUUAUUCCUGACUGGGAACACAUGGAUUUCUUCUUGGGCCUUGAUGCCCCACAGCGCAUGUAUGAAGAGAUAAUUGAGUUCAUGCAGUAUUAUCAGUGAGUUUGUGAUCCUGAAAUAGUCUUCCAAGAUACCAGCACUAUGAAUCUGUGAUGAUGAGUGAAACUGCUACUACUUUGAAAAAUUCACCAUGGAAAGAAAUCCCUAUGUUCUUAAAUACUAUUACUAAACUGUCUAUGCAAAGCACGGUAAUUCCCCAGGAAAUAGCAUUUAUGCACUACAUAUAAUUAGCUAAACCCAUGCAUCUUUAGUGGAGGUGUUUCGUGUUUUCCCUCUUUCACUACAACUUAUUCACAAAGCUUCCCAGGCUACAAAAAAAGUGGAUAAAAUAAAAUAGGGAAGGCUUUAGACCUAAUGUUGCCCCCUUUUAAACUCAAAUAGAGGUUUUACAAGUCUCCUUUUUCAUUCACAAAAACCAGGUCUCUAAGCUGUGUGACUCUUUUUUCAGCUGCUUCAAAGGGCCCUGAAAUUAUCCAUUUAUUUAUGUUAAUUCUGGGGUGUUUCAAACCAAGUGUCCUUUUCCCUUUUCUUCAGUUUCUUCCAAAAGCCCACCUCUUAAUCCAUAUAUAAAUAAAAGUAAAUUACACCUGCUCCAGUUUAUAUCUAGUCCCUGUCAGAUCCAAAUAAAUAAUAAUAGAGAGAAAUUAACCAUCCUUCCUGAUGCCAAAAAAAGCAGAAAACAGACCAAAUUCAAUUCAAUCCCACAGUGUCAGUCUCUUUUAAAUUUUUAUAAAGUCUAAAAAUUCCGCUUCCAGUACUGCAUGAAAUGUGUUGAGAAACGGCCACAGCCCAGUAUUCCUGAAGGAGCGUCUCCACCUUCGUCGUUCAACCCGGACACUGAGAUCCAGCUCUGAGGGCCUUCUGGCAGUUCCCUCACUGCGAGAAGCAAAGUUACAGGGAACCAGGCAGAGGGCCUUCUCGGUAGUGGCAGCCACCCUUUGGAUUGGCCUCCCAUCAGAUGUCAAGGAAAUAAACAACUAUCUGACUUUUAGAAGACAUCUGAAGGCAGCCCUGUUUAGAGAAGUUUUUAAUGUUUGAUGUUUGAUUGUAUUUUUAAUAUUCUGUUAGAAGCCACCCAGAGGGGCUGGGAAACCCAGCCAGAUGGAUGUGGAAUGAAUGAAUGAUGAUGAUGAUGAUGAUAGCAGUGGUGGGAAGCAGUAAAUAACAAAUGCAAUUCAAUCCAAGCAAGUGUAAACUGAUACACAUGGAGGCAAAUAAAAUCUUAAUUUCAUUUUCUGUAUAAGCUCCUGGGGUCUUUCCUGACAGUGAUUGACCAGGAAUGAGAUCAUGGGGUCAUAGUAGAUUGAUUGAUCAAGAUGUUGACCCAGUGUGUGGCUGCUUUGUGGGGGGGGGGAGAGAGGUGGAUUUCAUGCUGGGGAUCAUUAGGAAAGGGGCUGUAGAUAAAGCUCCCAGUAUCAUAAUGGCAUUAUGAUCCAAGAACCCAUUGAGGUGCUAGACCAGUGCUUGGAGACAGUGACAGGCAGGAUGUGAAUCAAUUUUUUAAAAAACUGAAUUCUGAAAGAACGUAAGUGCUAUGUGUUUCAAGUUCUCCAAUCUGGAAAGUGUGAAGAUGGACUGUUCAAGAUGGAGUUGCAGGCUCCUGAAAGGAAUAGACUUGUUGUUUGGGGAUUCUCCUGGAUUAUUUCAAUCUGUGCUACAUAGGCUGCCCUUGAAGAUGAUUCAGAAACCUCAACUUUACAAAAUGAAGCAGUCAGGAUAUUGGCUAAGAUUGUGUAUACAACCCGUUUUAAAAUACAUGGCACCUGAGCCCAAUUCAAGGUGCCCACAGUGUUUAAAGCACAAAAUGAAUUAGGCUCCAGAAUAUCUGAAAUACUACGUCCUUCCCUACAGAUCCUUGCAAAUGUUAAUCUCAGCAGAUGGGGCCUGCUUGGUAGCAGAGGUUUGGGGUGGUGAGUGCCUAGGAGAUGACAAUCUCCCUGGCAGCUUCUAUUCCUCACAAAAAUGCAUCUGCCAUCUUAAUUGUAUAGCUUCCAUCAUAUGGUGAAGACAUGUCUUUUUGCCCUGGCCUUUGACAUCUGAGAUACAUAUUUUCAUUUAAAGUGCUCAAGUUAAAGGUUUGAUGUGCAUAAAAUGUGAUGUUUGUAUGCAUGGAUAUUAUGUACCAGUGUGUAUUUGCAAAGCAGAGAAGUUUGCAAUUAAGGGAGAUGGUCCGUUCUAGGUGAAAGUGGAAGCCUAGUGGGGUGUUGUUGUUUUCCAUUCCAUAGGGUUUAGGCUGCCUAAUGACUCAUUACGAGCAGGUCCCUCAUCAGCAGAAAAAUUUAAACCUGAAAAGUCAACAUCCUUGUAUUGUGGGAAACUGGCAGAGAAAUUGCCAGUUCAGCAUGUUGGGAGAAGGGUUCUGAGCAUCCAUCUGUCUUGAGAGACAAUGUAACGGGAUAUGCAAAACCCAUAGUUAGAAAGAUCCUAGCCUUUUGAAUCUAACAAUGUUGCCAGUUUCUGCUUAACUCCAGAUACCUUCCUGGAACAAGCUAUCAUAUCAAGCAAGUUGAUGCUAUCUGCUUUCACAAGAUAGAGCUGUGGCCCUUAUAAGAGAUGCUUUGUAAUUAGUUUGUAACAUUGCUCAAAUUAGCUGCCUAAAAGCAAGAUUCCCAAUAUCUAGUGUGACGGGUAUAGGGCUCCGUUGAGUUGUUUAUGACUCAAUUAGGAGCCACUGAUUAUCGCCCGGCGCGCUUCCUCUGCGCUUCUCUGCUUCCGUAGAUCCGGGCUGGCAGUAAAACACACACAGCAGAGUUCUUCUUCUUCUCACACAGCGAAAGCUUGUAUAGCCGUUGUAUAAAAAGCCUCUUAAGAACACACAGAGUCCAAAGUGUUCUAAUAACUACUUAAGUUUAUUCUAGAGAGAAAAUAACAAACAACCUGGUGAGAGCGCAGACAUCUUGCGACCGUCUCCCAGGCAGAAACGAAACCAACUGUAACAUACAGAAACACUUCUGGUACAUUCUGUAACAUGAUAUUCCUCAGUGGUCAGGUGCUAUACAGAACACAGUUAACCCUUUGGUUACUUGUUUCUCCUCACACCCCCUCUCACCUGAACACUGGGGAUAGCGGGUAUCCAAACUUACCCCAAAACCAACCCUUCACAGAAUUCCCCAUGCCGUUGGAAACUGAAGGGUUU